AUGUCUGACAUUGAGCAAGAACAAGUCGUUGAAGAAGUUGUUAUUGAACAACAAGAGGGUGGUGCUAUCUCCAUUGAAGAUGCUUUGAAGGUUGUAUUGAGAACAUCUUUAGUCCAUGAUGGUUUAGCUAGAGGCUUAAGAGAAGCUUCUAAGGCUCUCUCUAGAAGAGAGGCACAGUUGUGUGUCUUAUGUGACUCUGUCACUGAAGAAUCAAUUGUAAAGUUGGUCGAAGCUUUAUGCAAUGAGCCAGAAGAGAAAAUUCCUUUGAUCAAGGUUUCUGAUGCUAAGCAAUUAGGUGAAUGGGCCGGUCUUUGCCAAUUGGACAGAGAAGGUAAUGCUAGAAAGGUUGUUGGUGCCUCUUGUGUUGUUGUCAAGAACUGGGGUAACGACUCUGACGAGAGAAAUAUUUUGUUAGAACACUUUUCUCAACAGUAA